GUUUAAGUAUAAUUCCAGCGCGCAAACAGAGUUAAGCAGCAUUAAUUCAUUAUCCAAGUCCGGUCAGCCUUACUACGCGUCGCUGCUAAACCCAACGGCGGCGCGUUAGUACAAAACCAUCGCUGGAACGGUGGAGAGAGGCAACAGUUCGUCCCGUCGGUCGAGCCCACCAUAAUAAGCAUUGGGCACGGCGUACGCAAGCCAUCCCACACGUCACCGAAGUCCAGGCCCUUUAUAUAUGCUCCCCUACGCCUUCUUCCAUCCGUUUUCUUCCUUCCAUUCUACAUCUCUCUACAAUCCCAUUCAAACAUCAUUUUACAUCGUCUUACAUCUGCAUAUACCUACCGUUCGAGCAUACAAAGCAAGAUCCCUGCUCCACUAUACAGAUUGGAUUGUAUAGUCUUGAUCACCACUUGUACAGAAAGGUGGACAACAUGAUCAACAGCAACAUGAAUGCUUCUACCAAUCCAUUCCGUUCCUCUACCAAUCCUUUCCGUCGGCCCCCAGGGGCAAGGCCCAUGACCAUGUUCGAGCCUGCUUACUUCCCCGUGAAUCCGUUCGACGAUCCAAUUCCGACUCCCAAGCCAGUCGACUCCAAGGGCCGUACGAGCCCCGUGAAGAACAAUGGCAGUCUUCACCGCAGCCGCAGUUACCAGAGCGGAAACAGGGCCGGCAGCAACCGUCACUCGAGCCGGAGAGAUCGGGUUCGUCCAGAUGUUAUCGACAGACUGGACGACGUGGCCGACAUGCAAUACCACCACGAGGGCCCAUACGAUGCCGUCUAUCCGGAGCGCAACAGAAACAGCAAGCGCAGCCCUGUCGAGGCUGUGAAAGAGUCGAAUGCCAUGGCUCUCCGGGCUACCCAUCCCGACAAGAUCGUGGAUAGCAUCCAACGCCACAGGCCUCUGGAUGGUGUCGCUUUCUUCCCUCCCGGAUCCAGCGACAGAGAUGGGCACCUCUAUGAAUACGAGGAGGGCUCCAACAUGGUCGGUGAGGAAUAUGGCCAAUUUAUGAGGAUGCCACCGGGUUUCAAAUUUACCGAAGAAGACUUCAAGAACGACCCGUUCUACAGGAGGGACUUCCAGCCAAAGAGGCGCAUCAGCCUUCGGAAGGCCUUCGGCAUUGGCCGCUCUCGCCGGGUCGCCGCCUAAAGCGGCUCCAAUUGAAUAGUCUUCGGACGUAUUUGACACGUCCUUUUCCAGAUUGCACGACCUUCUUUUCAUUUCGGUGGUUAUUAAUUCUUGGUCAUACUUCUUGGUUAUACUUGCUACGGCAGACUUUCUUUUUGACUAGGCUCUGCUGGCUGAGCAAUGUCGAUACAAUGAGCGAGGGAGUUUUGCAUAUGGCCAGCAGGGGC